AUGGCACCCCUUAUCGCUUCGCAGGAGGAACUCCAACGUAGACGGAUUGUCGAUAUCAAUGCCGAAACCGUCUCUAACUUCGCCUCGACAGAUUUCCCCGGUCACUGGCCUGGCGAGUCGCACGAAUGGAAUCUGCAAAAAUUCCGUGAUAACUUCAGCGUCGAGUUCCACCGGAACGAGCAAUUCGAAGCUUCCUUCUCGCUGGUCGGCGUCGAUGCCUCGAUCGCCAAUGCCUUCCGCCGCAUCCUCAUGGCCGAGGUGCCCAGCAUCGCCAUCGAAUUCGUCUUCGUCCACAACAACACCUCCGUCAUCCAGGACGAGGUGCUCGCGCAGCGGCUGGGUCUGAUCCCCCUCAAGGGCUCCGUGGAGGGCAUCAACUGGAUGCGGUGGUUCAAGAAACCCACCGAGGACGAUCCGGAGGGCGGCAGCACCCCGAGCGACUUCAACACGAUCGUCCUGCGCCUGGACGUCAAGUGUGAGAAGAACCCCCACGCCGCCGCCGGCGAGGACGACCCCCGCAAGCUCUACAAGCACGCCCACGUCUACGCCCGGGACAUCACCUUCCACCCGGUCGGUCGGCAGGAGCAGUUCUUCGUGGGCGACGACGCCAUCCAGCCCGUCAACCCGGACAUCCUGAUCGCCAAGCUGCGCCCCGGCCAGAAGAUCGACAUGGAGCUGCACGUCGUCAAGGGCAUCGGCGCCGACCACGCCAAGUUCUCCCCCGUUGCGACCGCCUCCUACCGUCUCCUGCCCGACAUCAAGAUCCUGCGCCCCAUCGUCGGCGAGGACGCGCACAAGUUCGUCAAGUGCUUCCCCGCCGGGGUCAUCGGCCUGGAGCAGGUCACCCGGGAGGAGGCGUCGCAGAAGGGAAGCGGCUACGAGGGUCACGAGGGCGAGAUGAAGGCUGUCGUGCGCGAUGCCUUCAAGGACACUGUCAGCCGCGAGUGUCUCCGACACGAAGAGUUCCAGGGCAAGGUGAAGCUCGGUCGCUUCCGUGAUCACUUCAUCUUCAACGUGGAGAGCGUUGGCCAGUUCGACAGCGACGUGCUGUUCUUGGAGAGCGUGAAGGUGCUGAAGCUGAAAUGCGCGAGAUGGAAGCGGGGCCUCGUUGACCUUGCGCGCUAA